GGAAUUCUGGGUGUGGCUGCCCUCUUGGCGCCGGGUGGCGCUGGGCUCUCCAGCCCUUCCAAGGGCUGGCGCAGAAAAUGGACUUCUGGUUCGCGGGCUGCGGCAGAGAUGCGCCAGGGCUAAGGAGCGUCAGUAUUCAACAGAUGCACGGAAAGACGGCUUCUUUGAAGAGCACGGAGAAACUAGGCAGGGUCCAGAGGCCCCGAGGCUCCAGGCCAACCUGGCCAGGGCAGAACUUUGUGUUUCAGCACCACCCCCUCUCCGCCAGCCCUGGUAGCGCCCAUUGGGUCAGUCUGCACUGGCCAGAAGGCUUGCAGGGUGAAGACAUAAAGAAGUGCGGCCGAGAAGGGGUAAGUAUGCUGAGAAAGUACAACCAGCAAUAUCACAAGCUGUUUAAGGACAUCCCCUUGGAGGAGGUGGUUCUCAAAGUGUGCUCCUGCGCCCUCCAGAGGGACCUCCUUCUCCAGGGCCGGCUCUACAUCUCCCCCAACUGGCUCUGCUUCCAUGCCAGCCUCUUUGGCAAGGAUAUCAAGGUGGUCAUUCCCGUGGUGUCUGUGCAAAUGAUCAAAAAACAUAAGAUGGCGCGGCUCCUUCCCAAUGGCCUGGCCAUCACCACCACCACCAGCCAGAAGUAUGUCUUUGUGUCACUGCUCUCCCGGGACAGUGUAUAUGACAUGCUGAGGAGGGUCUGCACCCACCUACAGCCUUCCAGCAAGAAGAGUCUGAGUGCAAGAGAACGUCUAGAGGAACCUGAGUGCGAGUCUCUGGAAGUCCUCAUCCCUGAGAUGAAGUGGAGAAAAGUGUGCCCUGCCUCCAGGUCCCUGUCCCUCCCAGACAACAUCCCUUGUAUCCCUCGGGCAUCCAUGGACUCCACGGAUGACUUCUUCCCCUCCAGGAAGCCUCCGGGGUCUGGUGAGUUCAGCGGAAAGCCAAGAGCCCAAGCGGCUUCAGAGAAUACGGGUGGGGGAGUGGGCUGGGGUCCUGCCUUCUGCCCUGGGAAGAUGCCUAGCAGUCCUAUUGCAGAGAAUGCUGACUGUGAGGAGGAGAAGCUGGAGGGGGAGCCCAAGAGCAACGGGGGCCUGAGGCUCUGGGAUCACGGGCUCCUGAAGGUCUUCCUCGUGCUGAUCUGCUUCUUGGUCAUGUCUUCAUCGUACCUGGCGUUCCGCAUCUCCCGGCUAGAACAGCAGUUAUGCUCCCUGAAUUGGGGCGGCUCAGUCCCUGGGCACAGGUGAUGAUGCC